ACACACAAUUUGAAUAUAACUCGUGUCUUAAUUGAUUUGUGUUUCAUUCACUUGCAUUCAAUUGGCAUCACAUCCACGAAGACCUUAACCGAUGGCAACGAUGGACGACAGCAAACGCGGCGCCCAAUUGUGGGACAACAGUCCCGACUCGCUAUUGAAAACUUGUUUACGAUAUGUGGUCAGAGAGGGUCUCGACUUACGGCCUGUGUCUUUGCCGCGAGAGAUCUGUGAUCUACUCAUUCACGUCUAUCGCGAGACACAUGUGAAUGACAGCGAACUCGCGAGCGAAUCGUUACAGAAGUUUAUGUCCCAAUUCCGGGCCAAUAAUAGCCGCGUAUGUGUGGCUAAGUUUGCCGACCUGUCCAUCAGUGACGAGACACUGGAAUCGUUUCUCGAGGAGCACUCCAAGUCCAUCAUCCACUUAGACGUGUCCAACUGUCCACACCUGACGGGUCAGGCCUUAACGCACAUCAAUACAGCGCUCACUCGUGUUGUAGAUCCGCGUCGACUGCGCCGCACAGUGCGGGUCAUAGAGGAGGGCCCGUGUCAUGAGUGCCGUGUCUUGUAUACCAAACACUACGCCAAUGGUGUGAUCACAACCACGAGAGACAACUGCACUGUCGACGAAAACGUGGGCCUCAUUACCGAUGAUUACUCUCUGACACAAGCGAUGGGUAUCUUCGAUGACCCGGAUUUCAGUGACUUUAAGGCCCGAAAAAUACGCGAAUUGAAUGGCAUUCGGGGUUACGAUUGGCGGCUAUCGGACGAAGCGAUGGCCGUUGAGUGCAAUGGAGUGCCGGCCGUAGCGACCAAUCGGUCACCAAUUCCUGUGAAUGAAUGCGAAUUCUAUAAGCCGUCGGAGAGUUUUAGUAAGAAUAUGGGCGACAAUCGGAUCAAGACUUUAGAGAUCAAGACAUGGCAGCCUUCGCCCCUCCAGACACUAAUCAUCGGUUGUUCAGCGCAUAUAUUGCCCGACUAUAUAGAGGAGGACGGACUCCACGAUGAGGACUCGUCAUCCAAUAGUCAUUUAAUUAACCCAUUGUUAACAAUACGUAAACUAGUGAUACACGAGUGGAACCCAAUCGACGCGUCCGCUCAUUAUCUCAAGUAUUUAAUUAACUCUCAAAUGAAACACACGUUACAGCACUUGGACUUAAGUAAUGGCAGUGCUAUCGGUUACGGCUCACCACUGGAACAGUUGCGGGCAUUGAAGACAUUGAUUUUAUACAACUGUCCGAAACUACAUCUGGCCAUCAAUAAAAUCGUAAAGAUUAAGACUUUACGUUGUCUCGACAUCUCAGCCACUGAUGACCGCUACGGACACGUAUAUGGAGAGCCUAACGCCCAGUUGGCACUUAUAGUGAACUCUUUGCCUGAAUUGACACGACUGGACAUAUCGGGCACUAACCUCGCGGGUCCGAGGCUCUAUAAGACGGCCGAUGAGGCGGCCAAUAGGCGCGCAAUACCCGCGCAUUCAGUUUCGGGCGACGCCACUGAAGAGCAGAUACUGACUGCUUGUGAAGUUUAUAUCGAUAGAGUGGAGUUCUUGGAGCGUACACUCAAUGAUCUGUUCGACUGUUUCAAUUCUGAAACUAACUUCCAUGACGUGAACCGAGCGCUCGAAAUAGUGUUGCAAUCGAUGUCCAGACACUUGCCUAACGAGUGCAUACAAACGCUGGCCACCGCUUUGCUCUUCUAUAUCGUUCACUCAUACGAAGCGAACCUUAACUUCAAUAUUAAAGUCAAGCGAUUGAUAGUCACUAAACUUCUGGAUGCUAUGCAUAAACACAGAUAUGACAUCAUUAUAUUACGAAACGGAAUAUUGGCUCUCGUACACUUCGAGAUACCAACUGAUGUGAUCUAUGAAUUGUCGCGUUUAACGGACAUCAUAUCUAUUGUAACCAACUUUGAGGACGACGUGUUGCUGAGGAUGGGUCUGAUGUAUUUGGAGGAUCUCAUGUGUGGGCUCGACGACUACCAUAAGACAAUUGUUGGCCAUUUGGCGAUCGACCAAAUGCUGUCAUUAAUCGAUACGAGACUCCAGAGUAAUAUAUGCGAUGAAGCAAUGGAGAGGGCGUGGAGUAUAAUGUGGACCGCGAGUGACACAACUCAUGCAAAUUGCGAACGUUUUAUCGAUUGUAACGGAAUGGAUGUCUUCGUGAGGUGUUUGCAAUCCUUUCCCAACAGCGCCCAGUUGUUGAGGAAUAUGACAGGAAUGGUGGCAAACGUCGCCCUCUGCGAGGAACUGCGGCCCCGACUGAUGAGCGUUCGGUUCAUUAAACGAUUUGUGCAACUGUUGGACAACGAGUCGGCCGGCAUUGAAGUGAGCUAUAAUGCGGCCGCAAUUCUCUCGCAUAUCGCCGGCGAGAAUAAGUGGCCGUAUGAUAGAGUUCGAGACAAUGCUCUGAACCAAUUGAGUGCCGCCAUUAAACUAUGGAAGAUCAACUCCAAGAUAAAAAUCAACUACAGAUCCUUUAAACCGUUUCUACGUCUAUUAAAGUCAAGCAUACCAUCGGGGGCUCAGUAUUGGUCGGUCUGGGCGUUGGCAAAUCUGACUCGAGUCAAGAGUAAAAAAUAUUGCCCACUCCUGAAGAAUGACAACGGUUUAGAAGUGUUGGAACAGUUGGCGGAUAGCGAUUCGGUUCCCGAUUACAUAAAAGACUUGUCGUCUCUAACUCUAUAUCAAUACGAUUUGUUUGUAAAAGUCGGUCAUUUAACGGCACUCGAGAGCAGCGAAGACUUGAAAAUACCGGCCGAUUAUGUGAGACAAUCGCACCAAUAAUUAGUGAUUUGUUAAUUAUAUGAUAUUUUACUUAUAAAUUGCUUAAUAUUAAUUUCAUUAAAUUUAUCGUUUAAUAUAAAAUAUUCUUUGAUUUACAUUUCAUAUAAUUAUCAAACAAGUGGUAAAUUUAAGGCACAAAUCAUAA